GGCGCUCUUUUCGAUGGUCUAAAAUUCGGACUUACUGUCGACAAUGUCUCAUAAGAAUACGGAUUUUGUAAUAGCAAAAUUUGAUUAUAAGGCAUCAGAUGGUCAUGAACUUGCCAACACUGGUGGAAAGUGAUGAAUUCAUUCGGUAAUACAGGCUAUGUACCCAGUAAUUAUGUGAAACGAUCAAAACAGGGUAUCUUUUCAAGUUUACGCAAUACUUUGGGGCGACGAAAAAGUCGACAGGAAGGUACACUUAGUACUAGACAAUCCAAUCCGUCUUCGCCUACUCCAGAUGAAAGUAAUGGAUUUGCAGCUUUCGAUUUGAGACAUGAAAGUGUUGAAUCUCUUGGCUCAAAGGUUGUUGAAAUAUCUGGGUCUACAAGUGUUCUAACUCCUCCUAGUCAAGCAUUUGCAGAUAUGAGACUUCAUGAAGGAGUGCCUAAUAAUACAUUUCCUAUUUCAUUACACAGUCAAACAGCUGUUCAACAUGGUGAGAGAUUUCAAGAGGCAAACAAAACUGUUGAUAGUGAAUCAGUCAAUUGGCUGUCAAAAUCGGAUACAAAACCAGCCUAUCCUCAGCAUUCCAGUGGAAAUAUUUCUUUACCAAAUUAUCAGAAUGGACAUGGUACUUUAAAUGUUUCUUUGACACAAUUUCAACAAACUGGUCUAAUGACAGGGAAUUUAGACAAUUCAUCCUAUUUUGGUACUGGGACAAGUUUAAGUCGUCAAAUUUGUCAAGCACGUUUCAAUUAUCCAGCUUGUCAAUCAGAUGAAUUAUCAAUUGAAAGAGGUGAUAAAAUACGUGUUUUAGAAAAGAGUUCAGAUGGUUGGUGGCGUGGAAUUCUAAUUACUGAAGGUAAACCACAACGAAUAGGAUGGUUUCCAUCGAAUUAUGUAACAUUGGAUUUAUCGAAAAAUUUGAAUAGAUCUGGGAGUAGUUCACAACCGAGUAUAUUAAAUACAAGUUCACUUAGUCGUGAUACAAAUGAUUUAUCUGCAAUCAACAUCCCAAGUACAAAAGCUCAAUUACAAGCUGAAUAUUUAGCUCAUCAUUAUUAUGAACAACAACAACAACAACAACAACAACAACAACAACAACAACAGAAACAUCAACAACCACAGUCACAACAGCAUUCCAUGAGUGUAAAUUCCACUGAAGAAACUCAACAACAACAACAGCCACCGCCGCCUCAACGUGAAACUAUUAUUACCCUUUAUCCAUUUGUCCGUAAUCAAGCGGAAGAAUUAUCAUUUAACCCGAAUGAAAUCCUAGAAGUAAUUGAUAAACCACCUGAUGAUCCAGACUGGUGGCGUUGUCGUAAUAAUCGUGGUGAAAUUGGAUUAGUUCCACAGAAUUAUGUACGUGUACUAACUAGUCCUUCAGUGACAACUACAACUACAGGAUUAAGGAAAGUAUUCAAUUCAGAUCAUAAACCACCAUCAUCAUCAUCAUUAUCCUGUCAAUCGGCGAAUUUCGAUCAUUCCCUACGUUGUGAUCAAAUGUUAUCUGUAACGAAUUCAAAUUAUGCACUAACACAUAGAUCACAAUGUACAGAUGGUGAAUCAUUAAGGUUAAGUUAUGCUACACAAUCGAGUACAGGUCGAUUGCAUUUGAAUAGACCAUGGUGUUGGGGUGUUAUUUCACGUGCUGAAUGCGAAGAAAUGCUUAGAAAAUAUUCAUUACCUGGUGAAUUUAUUGUUCGAGAUUGUGAAUCCCAUCCUGGCGGUUUAACUGUAACUAUUAACGCAGGGAAUAAAACUAGGAAUUUUAAAGUACACGUUGAGAAUGGUCAAUAUCAUAUUGGUCAAAAGGUGUUCGCAUGUAUUGAUGAUCUUAUUGAACAUUAUCGUACUCAUCCAAUAUUUAAAAAUGAACAUGAGAAACAUUAUCUCACUCGACCAUUUAUUCAUCCAGGUAUCAAAUCAACAAUACCAUUUGAUAAUGGUAAUAUUUCUACUAGUAAUACAAUUUCUCCGAUAAAAAGUAACAAUACUACACCUUCGAUAGCACCAGCAUCAUCAUCAUCAUCAUCUGCGAAAUGCUUUCUUCCAGUCGUUGUCAGUGGCGUUGGUGGCGGCCAUAGUGAUGGUAGUAGUUCUACAACUUACAAUCAGUCUAUCUCUGCCUCACAUAUACACCGAUUUCCGUAAUUUGAUAUUAUUUUUCCUGCAUUAAUUAUCUACAUUGUUAUUGCUUCGCUUUCGAUUACAUUAAAUAAUUGAUUUCAUUUAUUAUUCAGUUCAUUUUUUGUUUUGAAGGAGGGAAUCGAACCUCUUUUUCUUGUUUUUAAAGAUAUACAUUGUACUGAUAGUAUAAAUAUACAGUCUUUCGUCUAUAGACAUAUGUUUGCACUGUAUGAUUGAUUAUUUAGUGAUCUGGAUCUGAGUAUUGUCAUCCUACUUGUGUAUUCUGUGUUUCUCAUCUUCCAGCCCACCUCCACGCGUCUCACACUUUCUCUUUUCUUCCUCUUUUUUUUUCUAACUGAGACGUAUAAUAGGCUUCAUUGUAAUCCGGUGGUGUAUUUUAUUGUUACAAUGUUGCUUAGAAUUACACAGAUUAUUGUCUGUGUUAAUACAUCAACUUAUUGUCAUUUUUAAGGCGAUGACGGAAGUAGUUCAGCAAUAAAAUAAUUUUAAGGUAACUUUUUAAUCUCUCCUAUAGGUACCACUUAUUAAUAUCUUUAAUUUUUCUUUAGAGGAAAAUAUUUGUGUACAUUUUAUUUGUUCAUUUGUUUCUACAGGUAAGUUUUUUUCUUUUACAUUUCGAUACUACUAACAAUAUUGUUAGUAGUAGUAGUGGUGGCCUAUAAUUGCAUUGACACUCGUAUACUAAAACAACAACGAUUUUUCGAUGGUACGCAUAUUUCAAUCAAACAAUCGAUUAUAUACUACUGAUAAAAAAAAGUUUUAAUCAUCUGAAAUUGUUAGAAAUUGAAAUUAUACUCGUUUGUCCACCCUAUUCUAUACUCCUCGUUUUUAUCAUCCUUUUUUUCUGUGUGUGUAAAGAUCUUAAUGGUUUUGUGUUUAUCUGUGUGUUGUGUUAGUAUUCACCUUUUAGAAUGUAUGAAAGCGUAAGUGUUCUUCUUGUGUUUCUCUCUGUGUGUGUAUGUGUUUGUUAGCGAUGUUGCUAGUUUAUAGUUAUUCUUUUUUUCUUUCUUGUAUUCAUUUUUCACUAUUGUGUUUCAAUUUUUUGAGAAAAUUACUCGUAAUUAUUAUUAUUAUUAUUAUUACCGAUAUCCAAGAAUUCGUUUAAACGUGCACGCACGUUUGUGAACAUCCCUCGCCACACGUACUUGUGGAGACUACUCAUAAUUUCUCUCUCUCGAAGUAAAAUAACCAUGGCGUACUAGUGGUAGAGUAGUAGUAGUAGUAGUAGUUCAUCUCCUCUGAGUUUUAUUCAUUUAUUAUAAUACAUGUUACAAAAAUUACAGUAACUAUGCCUUUUAUUCAGUCUAUUAAUCUCUUUCUUCAUUUGCAAGUGUGCAUAUUCAUGGUUUUUAUCAAGAGGAUAUUUUGUGGAUAUGAGUUAUUUUUCCCUUGAAUGAAAUGAUACUUGUAUAGUUCACAUCCUUUCAUAACAUUAGCAUAACAUCAACUGAAUUUGUUCUUGUUGUUAUCGUCUGUGGAAAAAAUUUCUUGCAUCCUCCUCCCCCACCCCUUUUUUUCUCCUUCUACCAUAAGUGUAUGUGUUUAGGUACAAUAUCAAUUUUAAUAAUAAUAGUAAUAAUAAUAUGAUCCAAUUAUGGCUGAGUAGUCUAAUCGAUUAAUGUUUACUAUUGUUUUUAUUGGUAAUAAUACAAAUGAACAACAAUCAUUCUCAUUUCGUGCUUUUUUCAAUGAAAUAAUCUCAUUAAAUGUGUUGACAUAUUUUUAUUAUUGUGUUUUAAGUCCAUUCAUAAUCGUCAAUGACUGAGACAUCUACUGAUAGAUAGUUAUCUUUGUUUAACAUAGACUUUAAGUGGAAUGAUAUAUAUUCAUCAUGAAUGCAUUGAACACAUCAAUCUCGGUUAUUCCUAAUGUAGUUUUACUCAUUUAUUUAUUUAUUUAUUUAUUUUGUCUUACAACCUCAAUGCAUUUCUAUUAUGAUUUUCUCAUUGUUAUUUCUCUAAAAUUAUGACUAUUUAUGAUUAGUUGAUGAGAUUGAUAUAGUUCAUUGAUCUAAUGAGAUAGACAUAAUCAAAUGUGUAUCAUGGAUUCAAACAUCUUUCAUGCUUAUCAUGGUUUUGAUAUCUUGAUAGUAACACUAAUACCUUAUACAAUAGGUGUGUAAGAAUCAUUGCUGCCUAAUUACAUAAAUGUUCUGAGUAGAUUAUAAUUUAUGGUGAGAAAAUUCAAAGAAGUUAUUUGAAAGAAGGAUAAUUACCUUUUCGAUGACUCAUUUUCAAAGAUACGCAUUCAUAAGUGUAUAUACCUCAUAGGGUGGACAGUAACAUAGACCAGUGGUAAUAGAACAGUGAAGUUAAGUUCAGAAACACAAUAUAUGAAGCAUUACACAACAUAUGUAGUAUUUUGAGAAAUUCCGGAUAGUUGGUGAAUAAAAAAAUGGGGGGAGGGAAGACUGUUCAAUAAUGUUUCCCUCUUUUUUUCUGGAAAAUUAUAAGGGAAGUGGCUGAGACUUGAAUUUGCAGACUGCUAAUACUUCGAUUGGAUACGGAUUUCUCUUUCCAGACGAUUCUGUUGGAUUACAUAGAGGAUCUUCGAUGACAUUUAGUUAGGAGCUGAAAUAUCCUGAAGCGCUUCAUUAUUAUUAGUCCCUUGGGUUCCUAAUGGAACAUAGGGCUUCAGUAGCAC